AUGGGGGUGAGCCAGUCGAAGGGUGGGGACGGCGGCGGAGUACGCUGGAAGCUGCGGCCGCUAGUGCCGCGCUCGUGGCCGGAGCUGGAACAACUGCAUCUGCGCUUCCAACAGGAGGUGCAUCGCCGCCGAUCCGACCUUGUGUUCCAGUAUUUUCUGCCGUUUCCCGUAUUCCAAGCCAUCGUGACGCCACUUUGUCCGGAUAAGGAUAUGUUGCAACUACUGGCCAUGUUCGAGGCGCUGGAUCAGAAAGGCACGAGGAAGCUGGCUGUCAUGGAUUUCUUUAGCGGGCUGGCACUCCUCGUUGAUGCCAAGAAGCCCCAAAAACUCGAGUUUGUACUUUCACUGCUAGACAAUGGAGGACUGAAGACUCUCAACAAGUGCGAGUUGACGAUAAUUGUGUCGUCAGCUUCGAGAGGGUUGAAAAUGUUCGCUCCUGGAGCUGAUGUGCUGCAGGAGGCCACAAUGAGACCGCUAAUUCGACGUCUUUUUGGUGACAAUGAUGAGGUCUUACGGCAAACUGUCGUUAAUAAAGCUCUCGCAGAUCCAGAGAUUCUAUUCUUCAUGAGUGAUCUAGAGGCGGGUGUAGCAACAUCUUCUGGUGAACUAUUAGUCCAGCAGGGUAAGCUUAUGAAGCACAUGGCCUACCUGGACUAUCAAGCUGCACGAGUGACGACGUCAGACGAGAGGAUAAGACCAACGGCGGUAGUUGAUCGAGGCAGUGGGCCUAGCAAAGUCACUGACGGCCAGCGAGCACUAACGGCCCUACCAGCUUCCACAGCCGAAAGUUUCGCUCGAAGACUUCAGAGUAUAGUGUGUCCACCUCCCCCAAUGGGGUCAAACCAGUCGAUAUGCGUGCUCCCUGCUGUUGAGAUGAAAAAGUGUGUCGAUACUCGCACCCUGCAGCGGCUGGUCAAGGUUGCAUCGGACGGUGGUCUGUCGCUCUCACGGACAGAGGCGACAGUACUUGUUAGAGAUAUGAUGGUGGACCAGUUCGGACUUGUGCGAUGUGGAGACAUCCUUCGCGUCAUGACAGGAUGGGUACAAAAUCGACAACGCGAGAAACCAGAGGCGCUUUGGGAGAUUGUGAGCGAUUUUGUCAUCGAGGGCGUGGCAAGCCUGGAAGAGCGCAUGGAUGCUUUACUGGCUGCUUUGGAUAAAAGAACCGUGAAAGCGGUGGUAACUACUGGCCGUCGACGGACAGUUGUAGCUAAGGAUCGCCUCCUUGAGAGCUUACCGAACGUCAACCUAAAGUCUGAUGUUGAUGAUGGGGAACUCCAGUGGAAUGUUAACAUUCAUAUUGGUGAGAACGCGACGCCAGUGCAAGCACCGACUAGUUCUCCGAUUUUAAAACGCGUCGGGGCUUCUGUUGGAAAUAAUAUCAGGUUCCGACUGGGAAUUUAUCCACCGAAUAGCGAUGCAGAAGUCAAAACCAACAGAACCAAACGUGAGAAGGAUGGGCGAUUCGAUUAUGACAGUGAUGACAGCCAGCCUGAGGAUCCGGACAUCGAUGCUAUGCGCCUGGUCGUAAAUUUCUUAUUGAAUCCGGAGAUCACUGAUGAGGAAGGAAUUGAUUUGGCGUCCUCGGUGGAGAAGGCAAUGCAGCAAGACCGCGUGUGGUCAUCAUUUGAAUCGCUUUGGACAAACAUCUCAGUUACGGUGCAGUCAGCGAUACGUGGUGGAGGAGGGGUUCAGCCUGUUGUCGGCGCGUAUCUACGCGUCUGUAUCGACUUCCGCGAGGAUUUCAUUUUUAAUCUCGAGGAGUGCACGGGUUUAUCGUUUGCUGCUGGAAUUCAUAGUUUUUUUGUACUGGGCGAGUUAGAUCAAUCGCUUUCGGAUGUUUUGGAUCGUUCACAGGAAAUGGCAGUACUGCUGUUAAGUCUGGGAAAAAGUCAACACCGUGAACGCGUGAUGAGGAUGAUUUUUGAUGCUUUCGACGCUGACCACAAUGGUGGAUGGAGCUUUCAGGAGUUUAACGCUUUCCAACAGGCACUUGGUAAAGAAGCUUUGCUUGAAGCGACACUAGCCGAGUUGUUCGGCGGGACCUCAACAAUAUCCUUUGAAAAAUUCAUGGCAACGUACGAAAAUUAUCCAGCGGCAAGACUAUUCGAGAUGAUCCGUCGACUUGGACUUGGAUCACUUGGUGACCUAGUUAAAGGCUCCGUCUCGAUAACGUCGACGCUGAAUGAACCGUGUGUAAAGGCCUUGGGUGCUUUACUGAACCCCCUCCGCUGGGCUGAUGCUGGGUGGAAAAACCUGCUUCUUUUUACUAGGAGCACGAAGGAUUUAAGCCUCGAACUCCGUUUUACGAAGCUUAGCGAAUUGGUGCACAAGUUCCUCGACCAUGAUACGGCAGGCUUCGUGACGGAUCCGAUGUUUGUGGCCUCGUGGAUAGAACGAUUUAACGAGUUUGUGCAACCUCCACACGCUGAGCACUCUAAGGAUCGACCAUGUCGUAGCAUUUUUUGCUCGUUAGAGCAUGAAGUGAACAAAACGGAGCAGCAGUUGGAGUUUGAUGACCAAAGCAAAAGGCUACCACGGGGCACCUCUGCUCGACGCGCUGAAACUAUGAUUCCGUUUCUCGAAAUGGCAAGACUUGUUAAAGCACAUGUCCGAGGACCAGAGCUACUUGAACUUUGCAGCAAGAGCAUUCGCAUUGUGUUGGAGCUGGACAACUUCUUCGUUGCACCUCCAACCAACGCUAACCUAGACGUCCGUUAG